AUGAGUACUUUUAUGUUAAUUCUCCGUAUCUUCGUUUAUGUAGUGAUUGUGUGUCCGGUUGUGUGGUCUCAUACUCGCGUGGAGAGAAGACACGUGACGCGUGGACAAGAGCACCUUCACAAGCAAGAGCCUCCGUGCGCCAGCUGUCCUCGUAAUGGCAGGUGCGUCCCAAAGGUGCAAUGUCCUGCCCACCUGCGCCCAGGUUCAAAUAAUCCAUCUUGUCACAUGGAUAACUUUGUGGGCGUCUGCUGCUUAACAGGAAGUCAGCACGCUGGUGAACACGAACGAAAGUCGCGAACAUCUUCUUCCAUCAGCGUAGAAGACAUCAAACUCUCCCAUGAUCAUUCUCGAAAGAAACUCGCGCAAUGGAUGAGCAAUGCUGAAAAACUAGCGGACAAACCUGUCCAUACCAUUGUUAAUACCACUACACCAAGUUUUGGGCAUCAUUUAUCUCUGGUGACUUAUGACCCCCGAGCAAAUAAACUGGGGCGCGGUGGCCUCAUGAACCUGUUCGCCACACAAGAUUUGAAGGCACGUGAUGCGGUCACUGACGAUGAGUUACUAUUGGGUCUAACUGGUGAAACUGAUGGUCCAUUCUGCUUCCCACAACCUGUUUGCCAGCCUAAUAGCCGCUACAGAAGCAUUAGCGGAGAAUGCAACAGCCUCAACUUUCCCACUUGGGGAGCGGUACAUACUGGAUUUGAGAGACUCCUACCACCGGACUAUAACGACGGAACUUGGGCUUUAAGAAAAGCUAAAUCUGGCCUUCCUCUUCCAAGUGCAAGGCUUGUCAGUAGUACUCUGCUCCUAGAUGGAAGUCAUCCAAGCCCGACCCAUAACCUGAUGUUUAUGCAAUUUGGGCAGUUCAUCUCUCACGACACCAGUGCUGGCGUUGUUUUUAAUACCGGAAAUGGCAGCGCCAUAUCGUGUUGCACAGAAUCUGGAAGUCUCCUUCCACCAGAGCUCCAGCACUUCGCCUGUGCACCUAUAGUUGCUGCCACAGAUGAUCCAUUCUAUAGUGAUUUUGGGCAAACUUGUCUAAAUUUUGUGAGAGUUCAAAUCGCUCCAGCAAGUGAUUGUUCCAUUGGAUAUGGCAAACAGAUGAACGGUGUAACUCACUUCGCUGACCUCUCCCAUCUCUAUGGCUCAUCAAGAGAGAAGUUAUCAUCGCUCAGGGCUGCUGAAGGUCUCCUAAACACCUUUAAUGACUAUGGGAGGGAGUUGCCUCCGCUCACUGAGAGGAAAGAGUGUAUGUCAGUCGCGGAAGGUGCUGCUUGUUUUGAGUCAGGUGAUAACCAUGGCAAUCAAAUCAUCUCGCUGACUGUACUUCAUACGAUCUUCACCCGCGAGCAUAAUCGCAUAGCUAAAGCUCUGGCAGUCCUCAACCCAGGCUGGGAUGAAGAUACUGUGUUCUUUGAAGCGAGGAGGAUCCUGCAGGCGGAGUUCCAGCACAUUAUCUAUAAUGAGUGGCUGCCAUUACUUCUGGGUCCUCAAUUAAUGAACAUAUUUAACCUAUCACCGGCUCCAGAAUACUCUUCUGGAUACGACCCAGGGCUCAACCCAUCGCUUACGUCAGAGUUCUCUACGGCUGCCAUGAGAUUUGGACACUCAGUGAUCGAUGGAAAAUUAAUGAUCCCAAGCCCUGCAAAAGGUGGAAUAUAUGAGACGAUCUCAAUUCCUGAAGUAAUGUUCCAGCCGACAAGGAUGCGACUGAAACACUUCUUGGAUCGUCUGCUGAUCGGUCUGGCUUCACAGCCCAUGCAGACUGUCGAUCCUUUCGUCACUGAGGGAUUAACUCGAUAUAUGUUUCACGGCGGUAACCCGUACGGCAUAGAUCUGGCUUCUAUCAAUAUCCAGCGUGGUCGUGACCACGGUGUGCGCUCCUACAACGACUAUAGGCGGCUCAUUGGUCUGCAGCCGUACCUGGACUUUCAGGAAUUUUCUCCUAGUGCUGCUCAACGCUUAACCACGGUCUACGAAAGACCAGAAGACAUAGAUCUAUGGAUUGGAGGUCUUCUAGAAGAGCCAGUGGAAGGAGGUAUAGUGGGCCCGGUGUUCGCCAAUAUCAUAGCUGAUCAGUUCGCGAGGCUCAAAAGGGGGGACCGCUAUUUCUACGAAUAUGGACCGGAUAUUAAUCCAGGAGCUUUUACUCGAAGCCAGUUAGCAGAAAUAAAGAAGGUAACGAUUUCCCGGCUGAUUUGCGACAACAGUGAUGGCAUAGAGCUGUUCUCCCAACCGCCUGCAGGUUUCCUCAGAGCAGAUUUACUUGGAAAUGAACAAGUCCCCUGCAGCAGCGCCAGAAUACCGUCCAUGGAUCUGAGUAGGUUCAAAGAAAUGUAA